CACUACUCGACCACCAUGAUUGCGGUCCAACAGGCAGUAGAGGCCCCCAGUCCACUCUCGGUUCCUUCAAAUGCACCAGAGCAUUGCCCGGGCACUGAAUCCGAGCUUGCGGGCAAGGCUGCAGCCUGUGCAGGUUGCGCAAACCAGGAUGUCUGUGCGUCGGGUCAGACAAAGGGACCAGAUCCUGCACUCCCUUUCGUGCGCGAGCGGAUGUCCAACGUGAAACGCAAGAUCCUCGUCCUGUCUGGUAAAGGCGGCGUGGGGAAGUCGACCUUCACUGCGCAGCUUGGCUGGGCGUUCUCAGCAGAUGACAGGGUACAGACCGGGAUCAUGGACGUUGAUAUCUGCGGUCCGUCCAUACCGACGAUCCUCGGUAUUGCUUCGGAACAAGUGCAUGCCUCUUCAUCAGGAUGGUCCCCUGUAUACGUGCAAGACAACCUCGGUGUAAUGUCCGUCGGCUUCAUGCUUCCCUCGUCAAAGGACGCCAUCAUGUGGCGCGGUCCCAAGAAGAACGGCCUGAUCUCGCAAUUCCUUAAAGACGUCGACUGGGGCGAGCUAGACUACCUACUCGUCGACACGCCGCCAGGCACAUCCGACGAGCACCUCAGCAUUGUCCAGUACCUGAAGGAAAGCGGCAUCGACGGCGCCGUGGUCAUCACGACCCCGCAGGAAGUCGCCCUGCAGGACGUCCGUCGGGAGAUCGAUUUCUGCAGGAAAGUCGGGAUCCGCGUGCUCGGCGUCGUUGAGAACAUGUCAGGUUUCGUCUGCCCGAAUUGCAAGACGGAGAGUCAAAUCUUCAAGCCUAGUACUGGCGGUGCAAAGAAGAUGGCGGCGGAAAUGGGUGUCGAGCUGCUCGGUGCUGUCCCGCUCGACCCUCGGAUAGGGAAGAGCGCCGACUACGGGGUCAGCUUCCUGGAUGAAUACCCUGACAGCCCCGCCAGUAUAGCUUAUAUGGAUAUUAUCGAUAGAAUAAAGCAAAUUCUGGGUGAUGCAUAGAUCUCAUUUCUUUCUUCCGGUCUCGGGAACACACUUGUUGUAUUUAGUACAUCUCUUCUGUAUCCAUUGCGCACGUUUAUAUCUCUAUCAUACAUCUAAUUGUAGUCCGCUCUAUCUGGCAUCUAUAUAGAUCGUUAUGACAUGCGGGUGAUGAUGGCGUGAGGUCGUGAUGGUGGACGUCUAUCCGAUAUGGAAUUUGUGAGAAUCAUUCUCGCCACCUUGUUUGUCUAAGGGAAAGUCUUUCGGAACUUCAGACGCAGGUGCAUCUGCAUCGGUCACGUCUCUCUCUUUGAUAUACUUCCCUAGAUGCGCAAGAUCCGCUGGUAACCCGUCGACGCUCUCGUAUAUCGAUACGGUGGACAGUGUACGCAGGACCUUG